AAAAAAAAUUAAUAAUAAUAAAUGACGUCAAAAUCAAACCACGUGCAUUUCCCAGUGAGUUGUGAAAACGUGUGAAAGUUUGCGUGUAAUGUUUUUUUUUUUUUUUUGCACGGUGAUGUUCGGCGUAUGCACACACUCGGUGCACGUGUGAGGGGUUCAGUGAGAGGAGGAGGAGAAUAAUAAUGAUGAUGAUGAUGAUGAUGAAGGGUCAUGUUGACAGGGAGAGAGUUACCGAGAAAGCGCGAGACACAGUACACCAGCUGCGCGCGCUCCCGGUGUUCAGCGCGAACCACAUGGAAGCUCUGAACAACUCCUCAGGGUUAUGGGUUUAUUUCCAUCAAGAACACAGAGGAGGAAACUCGGGCUCUUCUUUCCGUCCUCAAUAAUUCUUUUUUUCUUUGGAAGUAAAAGUUAAGGCGGACGAUGUGUUGAUUUCAGAGCUCUGCCGGUUGAUACCAGGUGAUAUCUCACAGUUCAUCCCAGGAUUUCGCUCAGCGGUCAGCUGCCUCCUCCUGCCCGAAGACCUGAAGGCGUAGAAUGCAGUAAUACACCUGUCAAACAACCAGCCGACAGCAUGAAGCAAACCGGACAUUGAAUUGGUUCUUUUUUUGAAGCGAGAACAGCGAGUCGAUUCAUCACUUGAUUCCUUUAAGUGAGUCGAUUCUUUUAAACGACUCGUUUAUGUGCGUAGGGUUAAUCGAUUCAUUUUAAACGAUUCUUUUAAGUGAGUAUGGUGAAUCGUUUCUCUUCAAAUGACUUUCUAAAUGAGUAAGAUGAAUCGAUUCGUUUUGAACAAAUCUUUUAACUAAGAUUAAUCGCUUUAUACAAGACUUUUAUAAGUGAGUAGGGUGAAUCGAUUCAUUUGAAAUGACCCUUUUAAGUGAGUAUGGUGAAUCGAUUCAUUUCAAACGAUUCUUUUAAGUGAGUAUGGUAGAUCGUUGCUUUUCAAAUGACUUUUUUUAAAAUGAGUAAGAUGAAUCGAUUCGUUUUUAAACGAAUCUUUUAACUAAGAUUAUUCGAUUUAUACAAGACUUCUAUAAGUGAGUAGGGUGAUCGAUUUAUUUUAAAUGACUCCUUUAAGUCAGUAGGUGAAUCGUUCUCUUUAAACGACUCCUUUAAUUGAGUAAGUUGAAUCUAUUCAUUUAAAACGACUAUUUUUAAGUAAGGCGAGAAUCGAUUCUUUUUAAAUGACUCUUAGGUGAGUAAAAUGAGUCGUUUCCUAAUAAAACGACUCUCUAAAGCGAGUAGGGUGUGUCGAUUCCUUUUAAACGACACUUUUAAGUGAGUAAGUUGAAUUGAAUCCUUUUAACCAGCUCUUUCAUGUGAAUCGAUUCCUUUGAUUGGGAGAAAUUCGUUUACAGUGUUAGUGCAUUUUAUUGGUGUAUUACUUACUUCAUUUUGAACUGCAAAUAUAUUUUCAAGAUAAAUUUACAUAGAAAUAGUUUUUUGAAUAACUCGAAAACUGUAAUAUAGAAUCAUCUGGGUUUUUGAAUUGCUUACAGAGCAGCCUAGAUGUCCCUCAAAAAAAUUCAUUCAGCACAAAUCAAGAAUCAGAAUUAAUUUGUAUUGAAAAUAGUUUGCACUGAGUGUGAGAGAGAACCUCAUCAGCAAAAGGAGUCGUGAUGUGUACAGCUACACCUGGCAAUUCAGUAAUGCAGGAUGGGGGCUAGGCAGUCUAAAGGGCCCGAGGCUGGCUCUGGGCCUCUCCAGGGGGUUUGGAGAAGAGCGCAGAGCUCUGUCCUGUUCCGGUCAUCUUCUGGGGAGCGACCAGAGAAUCCAGGGGUACCUGCACCAUACCGGCGGCGUGUUGGCAUGAUUCAGGACAUGCUACUGAAGGCGAAGGAGGGGAGACAGGAUGAGGCCAGUGAGCUGCUGAAAAGUCUAAGACAGGAUUUAGGCAUGGAGUCGACAUCUCUGGAUGAUGUGCUGUACCGGUAUGCCAGUUUUCGCAAUAUGGUGGACCCCAUUACUCAUGACCUUAUCAUCAGCCUCGCUCGCUACAUGCACUGUCCAAAAACGGAUGGUGAGUCUCUGAGUGCCAUGGAGAAGGUAUGUCGCCAGCUGACAUAUCACCUGAGUCCUCAUCCCCGUUGGAGGCGGCAGGGCCUUUUGAAGGGCAAACCCCAGGCCAGUCUGAAGGCCGUUCUCUCCCUGUCGCCGGAUGGCACUGUGGAUUUAUCCGGGCUCCCUCUUUCACGACGUGACGCAGACCGCCUGGUGUUGCACCUUCAGCGGAACUCUGCCCGUGUCCGUAGCGUUGAGCUGGGAUUCACUGAGCUCACGGACGAUACUCUGCUGAUGCUGAUGCCCACCUUAUGCGCUCUGCCUGCUCUCGAGAGCCUUGCGCUCAAUGGCAACCGUCUGACCCGGAGCAUCCUGCGUCAGCUCACCGACGCCCUCAAGGAGCCGAGGAACUUCCCUGCUCUGGCGUGGGUCGACCUCGGUAACAACGUUGACAUCUUUUCCUUGCCUCAGGCCUUUCUACUCAGCCUGCGCAAGCGCUGCCCGAAGCAGGGGAACUUACCCACUAUACAGGAGCAGCCAGAACAGGGUGGUGGGGCAGGAGGUGGGGCAUGUGACACUCCAGGAUUGGAACAAGAUGGGGAAGAGCCAGAAUGAUAACGUGGUGGGUGGAUUUGACGAAACAAGAAAUUGUGGGGAUUUUGAUGUUUCAUCCAACUAAAUGUUUGUAGGUGGAGCCUGUGUAUGUAUAUAUAAAUAAAUGGACCAUUUUAGCA